AUGACGAACGGCUCCAUGCAUUACCCGUCCAUUCUCCACAUGGAGCUCAACCCUCUAAAUGACAUUAUGGAGGAAAACGAGACCAACUCUACUAUAGGAGAGCGAAACUUGUUUGGCUGCGUUCAGAUCCGCAUCCCCCAGGAGCUGUUCUUGGCGCUGGGACUUAUCAGCCUUGUGGAGAAUAUCCUGGUGAUUCUGGCUAUAAUAAAGAACCGCAACUUGCAUUCUCCCAUGUACUAUUUCAUCUGCUGCCUUGCCGUGUCCGACAUGCUUGUCAGCGUCAGUAACGUUGUGGAAACCAUAUACAUGCUUCUCAAUGACCACGGCCUCCUGGACGUAAACCCUGGCAUGUUGCGCCACCUGGACAACGUUAUCGACGUAAUGAUCUGCAGCUCUGUGGUGUCCUCACUCUCAUUUCUGUGCACAAUCGCCGCAGAUCGCUACGUCACCAUCUUUUACGCGCUGCGUUACCACAGUAUCAUGACCACGCAGCGCGCAAGCAUCAUCAUCGUGGUGGUCUGGCUGGCCAGCAUCACUUCAAGCAUCCUCUUCAUCGUGUAUCAUACCGACAACGCUGUCAUCGUGUGCCUCGUCACCUUCUUCUGCACCACUCUGGUAUUUAAUGCAGUGCUGUAUCUGCAUAUGUUUCUCCUGGCCCACUUGCACUCACGACGCAUCACCGCUUUCCACAAAAGCAGGCGCCAAUCUACGAGCAUGAAGGGAGCAAUUACCCUCACUAUCCUGCUAGGGGUUUUUAUUUUAUGUUGGGGACCUUUCUUUCUUCACCUCAUCCUCAUCCUCGCCUGCCCCACUAGCCCCUAUUGUAACUGUUUCUUCCGUAACUUCAAUCUUUUCCUCAUUCUCAUUAUUUGCAACUCACUCAUUGAUCCGCUCAUCUACGCCUACCGGAGCAAGGAGCUGCGUAAAACCCUGCAGGAGCUGGUCCUGUGUUCGUGGUGCUUCGGCCCGUGA